AUGGCGUUCACCCAGAUGACGCCAAAAUUUUUUCGAUACUUCCUAGGUUGCUGGGUUCGAGCUCUGGAAGAGGGUCUCGAAUUUGGUCUCAGAGAGUUAAAGCAACUAUUCGCCAUAAAGCGAAACAACGGCUUUCCUGGUACGAUGAUUCUCGCUCCUCGAGGAGGUCGUGGUAUUAUCGAAGGAAUUCCUAAUAGGGAUAAUCGAUGGAGGGAGAAGUUUUUCGUUUUCAAGAUAAAUCUGGCGUCAGUCGGUGACUUUGAUUUCGAGAGUAUUCCUCGGGAAUGGUCUGACGACAUCGAGCCUUUUGGAUCCGCACCUAUGUCUCUCGAGCUCCGUGGGUUAAUUGAUACUUUGCGGCGGGGUAGCACUCGCAGGCUCUCCUUUACUCCUGAACGAAUUCAAGCCGCCCUCGCUCUUCCACCGGGUGCAAAUCGUGCUAGCCCUGUUGCCUUGAAGACUCCUGUUCGACCCGAGAGAGGUCGGGGCACAAAAAGAAAGAAGGAUGAGGAGGCGUCGUCCAAUCAUGCUGACGAGCCUUCUGAGGCCGGAUCGUCAGAGAGGACUCGGACAGUCCAUCAAGGGCUGGUCCUUAGGUUGAGAUCGCACGCUCAGUCCCCUGGUCUUCCUGCUAGGCCAGUGUCAAUUGCUAUUCCGUCUGGUGGAGCUCGCGAAUCGCGGGAUAGUUCGGUGAGUUCUGCUGGCGAUCGAGCUCUUGACGACGAGAUCGAUUCUUCGUCUCGUCGAUCUCGACGUCGAGUUUUAGAAGGGAACAACUCUGUGACUUCGAGAUCAUCGAACCCGAGGCCUUCUUCACCACUGCGUGCUUCCGGUGAAGGUACUUCAGAGAUCCCCAUCCUUGAGAACCCCGAGUCAUUAGCAACAAUUUGGCGUAAGGUCAGAGAAAAGGGGUGCGAGCUUCCUUCUUUGGAACAUAUGCGAGAGUGCGAUGCCUACGUUCGGAUGGCAGUCGCAAAUGCCAAUGCUAUGGAGGCGAGCAAUGAUUAUGCUGCUUUGAUGGUGGGGCGAUUGACGAGUUUUCCUAGUAAGGAUGAGAUUGCGGGUCACCUUCUCACGAUCCAACAGCUUCGGGUGAGCUGGCUGCUGCUCGGGAGGUGGAGAACAACGCGAAGAGGAUUUUGA